AUGAGCAAACAACUUUUUCAGGUGAAAGAACACCCUUCCGGUCGCGGUGUGGAAGCCGCCGGCGCUAAGGAGGUGCGGGUUACGAGUCUGGAAGAGGCGGUGGGCGUGCUUAAGAAGGGGGCCGAGCACCGGGCGACGGCGGCGACGCUGAUGAACAACGUCUCCAGCAGAAGCCACAGCAUUUUCAUGCUCAGGUUGGACCAGGUGGGAGUAAUCCCGAGAGCCGUGUCCACUCUGCUGGCGGAUGCGGAGGCGCGGAGGGCGCAGGGGUGGGAGUUCGCGCUGACGGCCACGUAUGUGGAGAUCUACAACGAGAAGAUCCGCGACCUCCUCAACCCAGCUAACGAUAACUUGCAGGUGAAAGAACACCCUUCCGGUCGCGGUGUGGAAGCCGCCGGCGCUAAGGAGGUGCGGGUUACGAGUCUGGAAGAGGCGGUGGGCGUGCUUAAGAAGGGGGCCGAGCACCGGGCGACGGCGGCGACGCUGAUGAACAACGUCUCCAGCAGAAGCCACAGCAUUUUCAUGCUCAGGUUGGACCAGCGAGACGUUGUGCACGACUGCAAGGUAUCAGCCCGGCUCACCCUCGUGGACCUGGCGGGGUCGGAGAGGGCGGGGAAGACGGGGGCAGAGGGGAAGCGGCUGGAGGAGGCGAACAGCAUCAACGUGUCGCUGCACACGCUGGGCAGGGUCAUCCGGACGCUGAGCGAGAACGGCCCCCACGUGCCGUUCCGCGACUCGAAGCUCACGCGCCUGCUGCAGGAGUCUCUGGGCGGAAACAGCCGCACGGUGCUGAUAAUCUGCUGCAGCCCGGACGAAGCCCAAGCGCAGGAGACGUUGUCCACCCUUAAGUUCGGCGAGUGCGCCAAGCGAGUGACCACUUUCGCCUCUGCUAACGUGGUGGCGGCGCCGGACAAGGUCUCGCAGCAGCUGUCUGAGCUGAGGGCCGAGGUCGUCCGUCUCAAGCGACAGCUCCACGACUGUCAGCUGCGAGAGGCUCGGCGGAGCGAGGCAUUUCCAUCGAUUGGGGGAAGGCGAUCGAGUCGGUCUUCCAUGUUGAUGGGAGAGCGGGCCUCCACGGGCGGGGGCAGCGCUCUGCGCCGGAAGCUGGGUUCUUCCCCGCUCAGCCGGCCGGCUUCUUUCAACAACGCUGCCGGCCUCGCCAGCGAUCUUGCCAACAGCAGGUCGCGGUCCGGAGGCCGCAGCAGCUGGAGCCGGGAGAGGGAUGAGGGCGGCGGCGGUCCUCUGCCGCGCCGCCGCCCGGCGGUCUCUUCCGGAGGCUCGGGGCAAGACGGAGAAGAAGGAGGGACGGAAAGCACCAAGCCGCCGCCGCAGUCCAAUUCGCCGUCUUCUUGUAGUGCUACCGAUGUUUCGGCGGCGAGUGCGGCGGUGGUAGGGGCGGCGGCGGUGGUAGGGGCGGCGGCGGUGGCGGCGGCUGCUCGGGGGCGGGGGCGGCAGCGGGGGCGGCAGGAAGGCGGUGAGUUCGCCCAGGCGAAUAAGAAGGCUCAGGCGAAAACGCAGCAGCGGGGGGGAGAGGGAAACGACGGGCAAGGGUCAAGAUCGGUCGGCUCCGACUCUGAUCUGGAAGAGAUCAGGACGGCGGCGGAGGGGGGGGGGAAGUCGCCGGCACGGGCGGGGGCGUCGUCAUCGUCUUGGAUGCCGCCGUCUUGCGAGGGGGAGAACGGAGGAGAAAGGGAGGGCACGCGGGAGCAACAACCGGAGCUGCGCGCGGUGCUGGCCAGGCUGCAGGGGCUGGAGAACUCGUGGGUCGCGAGGGUGAAGCAGUUCGAGAAGCUGCUGGCGCUCAAAGACCUCCGCAUAGAGUCCCUGACGCUGCUCCACAAGCACGGGCCGCUGUCCUCCGGCCGGCCAGCAGGCGCUGGCAGCGGCAGCGUUAGCGGUGGCCGCCACCGCCGCGGUUUCGACAACCACCGCCAGGUGGCAGAAGAGGAGGAGGAGGAGGGGGCCGCCCUCGCCAAGAGUAACGGCGCCGCCACCCCGUCGGGGAAGCAAGGCGGGGCGCCCGGCAGCGCGGGCGGGAGGCGCAAGAAGAGACGGAGCUCCCCACGGGAGAGGCGUUCGCCUAGACGAGAACGGAUCUCUCCGAGGCGGACAACGCGAGGCGGGGAAGCGGCGGCGGCGGCGGCGGCAGAGGAAGAGGCUGAGAACAGCGGCGGCGGGGAGAGGGCCGAAGAAGGCGCCAGGAAGCGCGGCAGCACGCGCGGGAAGGGUCCCGCCUUCCCGCCGAGCGAGCGCAAGCACGGGGGUGCCUUGGCGACAGCGGCGGCGGUGGCCUUCCCCACGGCGCCCCCGCCGUCGCCCAUGAUCCCGCAGGAAGCCCGCAGGUCGUUCGCGCUCGACGGCGCCGACUCUGACAACGAUUAUUGA